UGGAGCCGACCGCAUCCUUUGUGCGGCGCUCGCGUUGCGCCGCGGGGCCGCGGGACGGAAUGUGGGCGCCGCGGGGGCUUUUCUCUUUUGCUUAAACUCUUGAAACAAUGGACUGAAAGGGGAACAUGGACUGAGGGGGGCGAGGGAGAAGCGAGCUGCACAGGGAAAUCAUGACUUCUGCCGCCGAGAUUAAGAAGCCACCCGUGGCCCCCAAGCCAAAGUUUGUGGUGGCAAAUAAUAAGCCAUCUCCACCUCCUGUUGCACCUAAACCUGAUAUUGUGAUUUCUAGUGUUCCACAGUCAACAAAGAAAACUAAACCAGCAAUAGCCCCAAAACCAAAAGUUCCGAAGGGCUCACCUGUUCGAGACACCGGGCAGUCACCAUCAAGGAGAGUCAUCGUGAACCUGGAAGACCAUGAACAGGAAUUACCUGAAAGCACUGACAACUCUAAUUGCAAAAAUAUAGGGCAUCAGAGCAGUGGUUAUAUUUUAGCAACAUGUUCCUGCAGUUCUGAGUGUAUGCAUAAGCUUGGGAAUAGAGAAAAUUUGUGUGUAAAGCAGUUUGUCUUAGAGCCCGUAGAAAUGCGUGAAAAUUUAGAAAAUAGUAAAAUUGAUGAGUCCCUUUCAGCUAUAAAAACAAGGAGUAAAUGUGAUUCUAGUGGUGAAAAGGUCAAGAGCCAGGGUGGAGUCAUUUUAAAGGCAAGCAUCCUAGAAGAGAAGCUCAGAGAUGUUUUAACACAACGAACAUCACCUUUUAUUUCUCCACAGAAGCACAGAUCCACAGACAGCCCAGAAAUUAAUGAUAGCUGUAAUCCCAACAGACAAUUCAGAAUUGAAUUUGCAGAUUUGUCACCUUCCCUGUCCAGCUUUGAAAGAGUUCCCGAUCAUCACUGUUGCCACCUACAGCUUCCUGGUGAUGAAUUUCAAAAUUUUGAAACUUGUCGGGAUAGCAGUGAAAAAAGCAAUAUUUGCUUUCGUUCAUCUGAACAAGAAGCUCUGGAAAAUGGUAAAAGGAGUGCUUUUUUAUCUUCAGACGGAGUUGGUAAGAAAUCAGAAGUCAAAGAUCUCGGUCCCUUAGAAAUUCAUUUAGUACCGUAUACCCAAAAAUUUCCAACUCCCAAGCCCAGAAAGACACGUGCUGCUCGCCUGUUACGCCAGAAGUAUAUAGAUACUCCUAGUGAAAGUACUGAAGAACCAGAGAAUUUAGGGAGAAGCUCUUCUUGUCUUUCCGAAGAUAAUUUGAAAAACAAUAAAAUCGAUGUUCUUCAUCAGAAUGUUUUGUGUAACCAGGAACAGGUGGACAAAGUGAAGCUAGGCAAUAACAGUGAAUGGAACGUGGACUCCAACAGUGACAGACAGAACUUAGUUGAUACACAGAAAGCUGUGUGUUAUAGAACAUCUUCCUCUGAAAAAAUGGCACCUCCUUUAGAUACAGACUCUAAUUUGAGUUUGGACAGCAAGACAGUAGAUGGUUCUAGUGUAUCACUUGCUGAGGACAAAGAGACCAGUUUUAUAAGAUGCAGUACUCUAUCUAUGAGCCUGCCUAAGCAGCUCAAACUAACUUGCAGUGAACAUUUGCCUACUGCCUGUAACCCAGGAGUGUCUGCCCCUGAAAUGCAGAAGGAAUCUACAAUAAAAGAUGAAAGUUCCUCAAGAAUUGCCCCCAAAAAACCUCAAAGACACAGCUUGCCUGCUGCAGGAUUGCUUAAAAAGGCUGCCUCAGAGGAGCUCGUGGAGAAAAGUUGUUAUCCCUUAAAUGAGGAAAAAAAUUCAGAGAGAGGUCUAGAAAGAAAUCACCUUCAACAUUUGUGUGCCCAAAGUUAUGGUGUGUCGUCCUCCUUUGAUAUGCCUAAACGAGCUUCAGAAAAGCCAGUGUGGAAAUUACCUCAUCCUAUUUUACCCUUUUCAGGGAACCCAGAAUCCUUAAAGUCUGUCACCAUAUCUUCAAAUAGUGAACCUUCAACUGCUCUGACCAAGCCUCGAGCAAAAUCAUUAUCUGCUAUGGACGUGGAAAAGUGCACUAAGCCUUGCAAAGACUCUCAAAAGAAAAACUCUUUAAAGAAGUUGCUCAACAUGAAGCUGUCCCUCUGUUUCAUGAAGAGUGACUUCCAGAAAUUUUGGUCCAAGAGUAGCCAACUCGGGGACACAACUGCAGGCAGCCUCUCGGGUAGGGAGCCAAAAGGGAUUGAAAGUGAUUGGCAUGGCCUGUUGGUAGGAGAAGAGAAGAGAAGUAAACCCGUCAAGGCGUAUUCCAUAGAAAACUACAGCCUGGAAUCCCAAAAGAAGAGGAAGAAGUCUCGAGGCCAGACCAGUGCAGCUAAUGGACCAAGAGCUGAGUCUUUGGAUGACCAAAUGCUCUCCAGGGAGUCAUCAUCUCAGGCGUCUUGCAAAUCUCUUACAAGUGUCUGUGCACCGGAGUAUGAAAAUGUACGCCAUUAUGAGGAAAUCCCAGAGUAUGAGAACUUGCCAUUUAUUAUGGCUGUAGGGAAAACUCCAGAGUUGGAAUGGCAGAAUUCCAGCAGCGUGGAGGACAGUGAUGCAAAUGUGUACGAGGUAGAAGAGCCAUAUGAAGCUCCAGAUGGCCAGCCACAGCCUGGACCCAGACAUCAGCAUUCCAGCAGUUCUAGAGCAUCCCAGGAGGAGCACAAUGACCUGGAUCUUGGUCUUGGUGACCUUCCUUCGGAUGAGGAGGAAGUCAUCAACAGUUCUGAUGAAGACGAUGUCAGCUCUGGUUCUAGUAAAGGGGAGCCUGACCUGCUGGAAGAUAAACAGGAUGAAGAUACUGGAAUGAAAAGUAAAGUCCAUCAUAUUGCCAAGGAGAUCAUGAACUCAGAGAAAGUAUUUGUGGAUGUGUUAAAACUUUUGCAUAUUGAUUUCCGGGAUGCGGUAGCCCAUGCUUCCAGGCAACUUGGGAAACCAGUGAUUGAGGACCGGAUCCUAAAUCAGAUCCUGUACUACUUGCCUCAGCUGUAUGAGCUCAACCGGGAUCUCUUGAAGGAACUGGAGGAAAGAAUGUUGAACUGGACUGAACAACAAAGAAUUGCUGAUAUCUUUGUAAAGAAGGGGCCAUACCUAAAAAUGUAUUCCACAUACAUCAAAGAAUUUGAUAAGAAUAUAGCUUUGCUGGAUGAACAGUGCAAGAAAAACCCAGGUUUUGCUGCUGUUGUUAGAGAAUUUGAGAUGAGCCCUCGCUGUGCUAAUCUGGCCCUCAAGCACUACCUGCUCAAGCCGGUUCAGAGGAUCCCCCAGUACAGGCUGCUGCUGACAGAUUAUUUGAAAAAUCUCUUAGAAGACUCUGGAGAUUACAGAGACACUCAAGAUGCCCUUGCUGUUGUUAUAGAGGUAGCCAACCACGCCAAUGACACCAUGAAACAGGGAGAUAACUUUCAGAAGCUUAUGCAAAUUCAGUACAGCUUAAAUGGACACCAUGAAAUAGUGCAGCCUGGAAGGAUUUUUCUCAAAGAAGGAAUUCUGAUGAAGCUAUCUCGGAAAGUCAUGCAGCCCCGAAUGUUUUUCCUGUUUAAUGACGCCCUGUUGUACACAACACCGGUGCCAUCUGGGAUGUAUAAACUGAACAACAUGCUCUCAUUGGCUGGAAUGAAGGUCAGAAAACCCACCCAAGAAGCAUAUCAGAAUGAACUAAAGAUUGAAAGUGUAGAACGUUCCUUUAUCCUCUCAGCCAGUUCUGCCACAGAAAGGGAUGAAUGGCUAGAAGCGAUUUCCAGGUCAAUAGAAGAGUAUGCCAAGAAAAGAAUCACAUUCUAUCCUAGUAGGAGUCUUGAUGAGGCAGACUCAGAAAAUAAAGAGGAAGUUAGUCCUCUUGGAUCAAAGGCUCCCAUCUGGAUUCCUGAUACUAGAGCCACAAUGUGUAUGAUCUGCACAAGUGAAUUUACUCUAACCUGGAGACGACACCACUGCCGGGCCUGCGGAAAGAUUGUAUGCCAAGCUUGUUCAUCAAAUAAGUAUGGCCUAGAUUACCUGAAAAAUCAACCAGCAAGAGUAUGUGAACAUUGUUUCCAAGAACUGCAGAAAUUAGCUCACCAGCACACCCCUAAGAUUGGAUCUCCCGGAAAUCACAAAUCUCCUUCAAGUGCCUUAUCAUCAGUCUUACAUAGUAUUCCAUCAGGGAGGAAACAGAAAAAAAUCCCGGCUGCUCUCAAAGAAGUAUCAGCAAACACAGAAGAUUCUUCUAUGAGUGGCUACUUGUACAGAUCAAAGGGCAAUAAAAAACCUUGGAAACACUUGUGGUUUGUCAUAAAAAACAAAGUGCUAUAUACGUACGCUGCAAGUGAGGACGUGGCAGCUUUGGAGAGUCAACCUUUACUAGGAUUCACUGUCACUCAAGUCAAAGAUGAGAAUUCAGAGUCUAGAGUAUUUCAGUUACUGCACAAAAACAUAUUAUUUUAUGUAUUCAAAGCAGAUGAUGCUCACUCAGCUCAGAAGUGGAUAGAAGCAUUUCAGGAAGGCACAAUAUUGUAGCAGUAUUGGUUUCAUCUCUUCUGUGAUUCCAAAAGGGUGGAAUUUCGUCCGAAUGGAGUCAAUGCAGUACGAAAAUUUUAUAUAAAUGAACACUGCCAGGAUAAAUCCAACCAAAAUCUUCAUCAGAUAUAAGAAAUUAUUUUGUUAGGUAUAAG